AUGGCUUCAGUCCCUCGCACCAACGGUGUUCAAUCGCCUGCAUUGGGCGUUGGCCCUUCUUAUCGUCCUGAAGAAGAGAAACCCACAGCCACCGUCUCAAAGAGUGUGCCGCAGGAAAACGUCCAUGUCCUCCCACAGACCCCUCAGCUCAUUGCUCUCCUGACCAUGAUCCGAGACAAAGACACCCAACGAGCCGACUUCAUCUUCUACUCGAAUCGAAUCAUUCGCCUGUUGGUGGAAGAAGGUCUCAAUCACCUGCCGGUGGUCGCCCACACAGUCACAUCCCCUGUCGGCAAGGACUAUGUGGGGGUCAAGUUUGAAGGCAAGAUUUGUGGCGUCUCAAUAAUGCGAGCAGGCGAGUCAAUGGAGCAGGGUCUACGAGAAUGCUGUCGGUCAGUGCGGAUAGGCAAGAUCCUCAUCCAGCGCAACGAAGAGACAAGCAAGCCCAAGCUUUUCUAUGAGAAGCUGCCUCCUGAUAUCCACAACCGGUGGGUGCUGCUUCUGGACCCUAUGCUGGCAACUGGUGGUAGUGCCAUCAUGGCGGUCGAGGUGUUGAAGGGCAAGGGCGUUCCAGAAGAACAUAUCCUCUUCUUAAACUUGAUUGCCAGCCCCGAAGGCAUUGAGAAUUUUGCCAAGAAGGUUCCCAAGGUGAGGGUCAUCACGGCUUUUGUGGACCAAGGCCUCAACGAACAGAACUAUAUCGUUCCUGGCUUAGGUGAUUUUGGCGAUCGCUAUUUCACAUUAUGA